CCCUUCUUGCUCAUCCUCCUCCUCCUCCGCCUUUUGUUUCCCUUUGCUGCCGACCUUCUGACCGCUACUGCUGCCGCCACCGUCUACGUCGUCCUCGUCGGCAUCACUGUCCACACUCAGCGCAACACCGCCAAAUCCGAUCGCCAAUCGUUCGACAGGCAACUCGCCAUGGUCUGCGACGACACCAACAAGUUUCGUCGGCAGCACUUGCACGGCACGGACGAGCCCGUCGGAGGACCCGUCUCCAGCACUUAUCGUCGGACAGACGCGCCGUACCCCUUGAUUGUCGUCGCGCAGAGCAAUUCGUCUUCUUGGUCCUCCGACUGAGCGAAGGCCUCAGCCUUUUUGGAUCGCACGUCCAUCACAGAGAGCGUCCCGUCACCACUGGUGGUGGAUUCAGAACUAAGCCUCGGAGGAGCGCAAGCGGUCGCACCUGGUCGCCAGUAGGUGCUGCUUGUCGGGAAGCCACAAGAAGUCGGAAAUGUAGUCAAAGUGUUGCUUGUGGGUACGGAUGCAGUUUUGUUGCCGCGGGUCCCAAAGCUUGA